UAAUAAUAAUUAUCCACAAAACUGAAAACUGAGCUAACUAAACGAAACUGCUAAACAGAAAGGAAGAUGAUAGAGUAACAGAAAAAUUCAACUGUUUCUACCUUGAAGCUUACCUAUGCCAAUGGCUUCUCAACUAUUCUCACUAACCCUAACACCAAACACUCUUCUUUCAUCUUCUUCUUCUUCUUCUUAUCUUCUUCAGACACACUCCUCCCUCUUUCCGAAUAGUAAUGGACCUCCAUUCACAAGGCACCUCCUUAUCCACUAUCGCAGAACUUCUUCACUUUCUUUUCUUCCAUUCGUUGGGAACGAAGACACUGAUCUCCGAGUCUCUACUCAGCAACAAGAAGAAGAAGAAGAAGAAGAAGAGGAGGAGGAUGAACCAACACCUGAGGACCUUCAAUACGUUAACCAAAUCAAAAGCGUUUUGGAGCUUCUUAGGAAAAACCGGGACAUGCUCUUCGGCGAGGUGAAGCUAACCAUAAUGAUUGAGGAUCCCAGAGAAGUCGAGAGAAGGAGAUUACUCGGCAUAGAAGAUCCCGAUGCACCAACAAGAGAUGAUCUAGUUGCUGCCUUGGAAGAAGUGAAUGAAGGAAAAGUUCCAAAGGAUAGAGUUGCUCUGAAAAUGCUUGCUGAGGAAUUGGCUGCAUGGCCUAAUUUGGAGACUGAAGCACCAAAGAAAAAGCCUAGCAAAUCGCUCUAUGCAAAAGCAACUGACACAGGAAUAGAUCCAAAAGUGGCUGCAAAGAAGUUGAACGUUGAUUGGGAUUCAGCAGCUGAAAUUGACGACGUGGAUGAUGAUGACGACACAGAAGUACCGCCAGCAGUGGUUUUCCACUGAGGAAGUUCUUUGGCCUGCAGGGCUAUGGAGCACUAUAUUUGGUCACGGCUUUCCCUGUAAUUAUCGGUAUCUCGGUAGUUUUGAUUUUGUUUUACAAUUCCCUCCAGUAGGAACUGUUCCGGUACCGGUAUCAGUACUGGCCCAAGAGACCUGAACCCAGCCUCGGGUCCAAAAUCCCCACUCCUGAACAGGAACUUACAUUCAAAUUCCUUGUACAAUGUUACACCACAUGUUAUAACGAGGUAAUAUAAGAUAUAUUGCAAAAUUUUCACUUUACA